AUGCACUUCCAGUGGGACUGGCUGUUCUUGGGUGUCCUCAUAAUUAGCUUAGUGACUGCAGAAAUUGAAAAUGAAGGGACUCUGGAUGCAGAUGUUGAAGUGGAGGAUUUUGACAAGCAGUCUCAAGAUGCCGAUGUUGAUAGAGAUAAAUCUUCCUUUGAGGUUGUGUACCAGACUCCAAAGCCAACUGGGGAAGUGUAUUUUACAGAAACCUUUGAUGGAGGAUUGACUGGGUGGGUAUUGUCUAAAACCAAGAAAGAAGACACAGAUGAUAGCAUUGCUAAAUACGAUGGAAGAUGGGAAGUAGAAAAGCUCAAAGAAAAUGCAGUGCCUGGAGACAGAGGAUUAGUGUUAAAAUCCGUGGCAAAGCAUCAUGCAAUAUCAGCUAUGCUAACAAAGGCAUUUGUUUUUGAUGAUAAACCUUUGAUUGUUCAAUAUGAAGUGAAUUUUCAAGAAGGCAUUGACUGUGGUGGUGCAUAUAUCAAACUUCUCUCCAGUAGUGAUGACUUGAAUUUGGAAUACUUUUUUGACAAAACACCUUAUACUAUUAUGUUUGGACCAGAUAAAUGUGGAGAAGAUUACAAACUACAUUUUAUCUUCAGACAUAAGAAUCCAAAAACUGGAGAAUAUGAUGAGAAACAUGCAAAACGUCCUGAUGUAGACCUAAAAAAAUUCUACUUGGACAAGAAGACACAUCUGUAUACUCUUGUGUUAAAACCAGAUGAUACAUUUGAAAUCUUAAUUGACCAGUUGGUUGUCGGUAAAGGAAGUCUUCUUGAGGAUAUGGUUCCUCCAGUAAACCCUCCCAAAGAAAUAGAGGACCCUAGUGAUAAGAAGCCUGAUGACUGGGAUGAGAGACCAAAAAUACCUGAUCCAAAUGCUGUCAAACCAGAUGACUGGGAUGAAGAUGAGCCUUCCAAAAUAGAAGAUCCUGAUGCUGUUAAGCCUGAGGGAUGGCUUGAUGAUGAACCACAGUAUGUUCCAGACCCUAAUGCAGAAAAACCAAAGGACUGGGAUGAAGAAAUGGAUGGGGAGUGGGAAGCCCCUCAGAUCCCUAAUCCAAAGUGUGAGACUGCACCUGGUUGUGGACACUGGGUGCGUCCCAUGAAGAAUAACCCAAAAUAUAAAGGAAAAUGGAAAGCACCUAUGAUAGAGAAUCCUAACUAUCAGGGACUCUGGAGCCCUCGAAAAAUACCGAACCGAGACUAUUUUGAAGAUCCUCACCCAUUCAAGAUGACCACUAUCAAUGCUAUUGGUUUAGAACUCUGGUCUAUGACAUCAAAUAUCUACUUUGAUAACUUCAUUAUAUGUUCAGAAAAAGAAGUAGCAGAUCGUUGGGCAGCAGAUGGCUGGGGCUUGAAGAAAUUUGUAGCAAGUGCUAAUGAGCCAGGUAUGUUUAGUCAACUGAUGACUGCUGCAGAAGACCACCCGUGGCUCUGGAUUCUUUACAUCUUGACUUUAGCUCUUCCUGUUGGUCUAGGUGUGUUGUUCUGCUGGCCAGCAAAGGUUAAGAAAACAGAUGAAGAUAUUGAUUUCAAAAAAUGUGAUAGAUCUAAGAUAAUUACAAAGGAAGAAUUAAAACAAGAGGGAGAGGAGUUAGAAGAUUAUGAAUUAGAAGAAGAAAAAGAAAAAGAAGAUACUGCUGAAGAUGAAGAUGAGGGUGAAGGUGAAGAUAUUUAUAACGCAGAAGAAAAUGAAGUUGCAGAUGGAAGUCAAGAAGAAGGUUAUAAGUCAAAUAAAUCUGCUUCAGAAGAUGAAAUGAAGGAAGCUGAUGAAAGCCUAGGCUCUGCAGGUGGCCCACCGAGAUCAGUGCGCAAAAGAAGAGUACGGAAGGACUGA